GGUGGCGAUGGCAGCAACAUUCCGGCCAUAGAGGACGCAAUGGGCAUAUGAGUUCCCAUCCCCGCCUGCUGCACCCCAUGGACUGCCAAGGACCCGGGAGCAGCGUCGCUCCCUCCCGGGGCUUUGUAGCUCGCCUUUGGCAACAUCCGCUGGCUGCAGCAGCUGGAGCUUGAGCCUCUCUUUGCAACCCUACCCCCACCCCGCUUUUUCACCCUCCGUCCUUCUCUCUCCACCCCUUUGCCUAGCAAGUAGGAGCCUGAGCCCCUCCUGCGCAUCCGCCACCCUGUCCUGCACCCGAAGCAUCCUUCAGUCUCUUUUCUCUCUCUUCCACUCUCCCGGCGACCGCGGGCAUCGCCUCCCGCCGCCUCCCAUGCUGCAUCCAAUCCCGGGCGGCGCCCCAGUGGCCGCAGCUCGGAGCUUGGUGACCUCAGCCGGACACUCAUUCUGGCUCCUUUCACCCUUCUUGAGUCCUACUAGUUGAGUUCGGGGCAAGGGACUUAUAUAGAAGCCCUGGAAUGGCAUCGGUGAGGGAGCCUGGCACUGUGAAAUCACCAACUUCCCGCUAGCAAAGGAAGGGUGGAAACAAGAAGGAUCUUCUCUAUUUUUGCCUUAUCUCUUCCUCUGCCCUAUCCCCCUACCCUUUUACUCUUCCCUCUUUCCUCUUUAAAAAAAUUGUAAUUCCCACCGCUGUGUGUUUUGUUGCUGUCUUGGAAGGGAUGAAGAGGCAGCGAACGGUGGUACUGGAGACAAAGACCACUUUGUAAAGGUAGUUGGACCGAGUGGGAUGUGUGAUUACCCAUCCCUUUGCCCCCUGUGGUGCCCAGCCCCCUGUAUGGUACAGCUGUAUAUCCUCUCUUUGCUAUCCAUCUCCAGAGGAAAAUAGCCAGUCCCCCCCCCCUUACCCUCCUUCCCUUUCUCUUUUCUUCUUCCCCCUCAUCCCCCCUCCCAGACCCAGUCCAGUCUCCCUAAGAAAAAGCUGCCAGCAAAUCGUCUGUUCCUGAAGCCGACUGGUCCAUCAGAGCCUUGGUCCCUCGGGCUAAUGUCGUCUUGUGUGCCUUGUAGAGGAAUUUGUUCUUCCUGAAGCUGGAACUGAGGGGCACUAAGUCAGCGCGCACUGAUGUGCCUUGCCCUCUCUUUUUGAAGCUGAUCCGAGCUGUCAGGCGGCUGGCCCGUUAGACUUUUUUUAACCCCAGGCUUCUGUCAUUGUUCUUCCAGAGUGCUUUGGGCUGUACAGACCGUGUGUGUUUGUGUGCAGGCCUCUUAGGCUAUGCUUUCUUUACUCGCUUCUGUUUUCUUUUUAACAAAUCCAAGUAUUAUUGCAAGGUUGAUCUCCGACAACCAAGAUCCUUUCUGCCCGGGGUGUACGCUGAUAUUGCACUGAUUCUAUCUUUUCUUUUUAAAUUAUUGUUUUAUUAUAAAUGAACCACACCCUGGUUUCUUAAAGGGGCCCUACACUCCGGUGGGUCAUGUGUUGUCUCUUUGGCAGUGAGUGAGUCAAUUCAGUCAGUAGUUUCCUUCUAGCUACCUAAUUUUCCUUUUUCUGGAAACAUUUUUUUUUCCUGAAGAGUUUGGGAUGCCUGGGGGGAAAAAGGUGGGCCCCAGUGGCAGUGGUACCACUAUUGCCUCUGGGGUCAGGAGAUCUGAAACCAGUGAAGGGGCUUCAGCACAGAGAGAAGAAGAGCAAGAAGAAGAAGGGGAUGAAGAUCUUCGAGAUGGAGGUGUCCCCUUCUUUGUUAACCGGGGUGGGCUGCCCGUGGAUGAGGCCACUUGGGAGAGGAUGUGGAGGCACGUGGCCAAGAUUCACCCUGAUGGAGAGAAGGUGGCACAGAGGAUCCGUGGGGCUACAGACCUGCCCAAGACUCCCAUACCAAGUGUGCCUACAUUCCAGCCGUCCACAUCUAUCCCUGAGCGCCUGGAAGCCAUACAGCGUUAUAUCAGGGAGCUGCAGUACAAUCAUACAGGAACACAGUUCUUUGAAAUUAAGAAGAGCAGACCUCUGACUGGGCUGAUGGAUCUGGCUAAGGAGAUGACCAAAGAGGCUCUGCCAAUCAAAUGCCUAGAAGCUGUGAUCCUGGGAAUUUACCUCACCAACAGCAUGCCCACACUGGAGCGCUUCCCCAUCAGCUUCAAAACCCACUUCUCAGGGAAUUACUUCCGACACAUCGUGCUGGGGGUGAACUUUGGGGGUCGCUACGGAGCGCUAGGCAUGAGCCGUCGGGAGGACCUCAUGUACAAGCCCCCCACUUUCCGCACGCUCAGUGAGCUGGUCUUGGAUUAUGAGGCUGCCUACCAGCGCUGCUGGCAUGUCCUGAAAAAAGUGAAACUCGGCCAGUGUGUUUCUCAUGACCCCCAUAGCGUGGAGCAGAUUGAGUGGAAACACUCCAUCCUGGAUGUGGAGAAGCUGGGGCGAGAGGACUUUCGGAAAGAGCUAGAGCGACAUGCCCGGGACAUGAGACUGAAGAUCAGCAAAGGAACCGGCCCACCCUCUCCUACCAAGGAUCGGAAAAAGGAUGUAUCUUCCCCACAGCGGAGCCAGUCCAGUCCACAUCGCCGCAACAGCCGAGGAGAGAGACGACCAUCUGGUGAGAAGAAGCCUGCUGAACCCAAAGCCAUGCCAGACCUCAACGGGUACCAGAUCCGGGUGUGAGGUGGGUGGGGAGGAGACCACUUGCUGCACAGACUUGCCACCGCCCCCUCGGCCACAGGACCAAGCCGCCCACCGUGAGCCUUGAUGGAGGGGAGGUGUGGGUUGAGGGGACAGUAGGAGGAGCCCGGAGCUCCCCUUCAUCUGACAACACCGCUUCCCUCAGGCAGAAAGAACAUGGUUCUCAGCCAGCAUUUGUGGAAGAGGCACAUUGACCCUAAAGGGAAGAGGAAGAGGAGUCAGUAUGAUCCCAGAGAUUUGUUUAAUACAGAUCAUAAAGCAACAUGUUGAACAGGCCCCACCUAUCUCUGGGAUGCCAGAGAUAAGUGGCCGUGACCACCUAGGCCCCAUGGGAAGCACUGCCAGCCUAGACAGCGCCCACAAGCCCAGCAUAAAGACUGGAGCUACUGCACCCGAGAUAAGGAGGAGGAGCCCCCCAUACCCAGCUCUGGUAGCUGUUGCCUUCGAGGCUUUGAGAAGCCUCAGCUACAGGGCUCAGCUUCAAGCCCUCCCUGUGGCCAUCCACUCAUGGCUCUCUCUACAGCAGGAUUUGGACUUCUCCGGAGCCCCAGGGCCCCGGUCAUGUUGGGUUGGACAUAGAUGAGCACAUAAAAUAGGGCAGACCAAGAAGAAAGUGGGGGUGGGAGGCAAGCACAUAACUCAUGAGAGACGGGACACCAUGGAAGGCGAAGAGUCUCGUGUUAGCUCUGGCUCUCCUUCCUUUUCUUGGGCAGGAGCCAAAUUCUCCUCCUCUCCCUCUCCCAUAGCAUCCUUACAAUUUUUAGUCUUCUUCCUCAGACAGAGAAUCAGGGACUGGAGAUGAUGUCUGGAGCUGAUUGGUCCUUUCUCUUUUAGCAGCUAAAUUUAGUAAUUUUGGUAACCGUGAUCCUAGCUGUGUGUAAUAGGAAGAAACCUCCACCAUGGGAUGAGGUUUUCAGCAGCCCUCUAGUUCUAGUAAGAAAGGAGAUGGGUAAUGGAAUAAUCAUUGAGCUCUGUCCAUCAGGCACGGGGUGCAUUUGUAAAAGGAAGUACUAACCCAGGUCUGAGGCAGGGGGAAAAUAGAGAGCAUCAAAGCAUCUUUGGAUGGGGGCUUCCAUAAUUAGUGGGUGUGACAUGAAUGAAAACCCAGCAAAAGUCAGAGAAGGAGCAACCAGACAUGUUGGAGGACUGAGAGAGUUGUUUCAGUUGAGUGAAAUUCAAGGCUGAGUAGGAAGAAAAAGAGCAGUUCAGAAGGUUAAGGGUUAAUGGGAGAAUGAGAAGGCCAGGACAUAAUGGCAAGAGGCCGAAGGGAUGUUGAGAGGUCAAGAGUUAGUGGGAGGAAGCGGCAGGACAUUAAACAAGCCAGGGCAAGAGACAGAGAGAAUCCAAGAACUCACAGAGCAAGGAGACUGCAGGAUAAAGCCCCAUUACAGCAGCAGGGGUCCUGGGAGACGGGGGCCAAUCUAGAGGGCUCAGGGGCGAUGUUGUGUGUCGUUGUAAGGCCAGGAGGAAGGACUGGAGCAUGUGGCAGAGUGGGAAUGUUGAAGGAGGGUUGAAAGGGGAUGAGAGGAAGGUUGUACUCAGAAUUUACAGACAAGAACCCAGAAUAAAAUGGGCCGGUGGGAGAUGUAAAGUCAGCAGGGCAGGGCAAGUAUGAAGUGAUGCUUUGGGGGAGAUGAAGAGGAAACAUAAAAUCCCUAACUUUCCAGAAAGAAAAAAGGAAAAAGGAAACAUCAUUCAUGCUGCUGAAUUCAAAAGAAAAUUAUAUUAGUCCGAGAGAUGUGGAUAGGAGGGUGGGAAUAGAAGGGGCCCUGGUGAUGACCCAGGAGUUGUUUAUCCUGCUCCCUUCAUCCCGGCAGCAGACCAGAAGUGGUUGCUGUGUCACUGAGAGGGGGUAGGGGAUAGAGCAGCAAUGGAUGUAGGGCAGAGUUCAGCAGAGGAAAAACUGAUAGGGCCUAAAAAGGGAGAGGAGCCUCAGGCCCAGGAAGAGGAUAAGGACAGAGGAAGCAAGCUUGGUGCUUGGUGGGAACUCACUUGCCAGUCAUUGCACCCACCGGGCAGGCAGGAAAGCCAGCGGCACUUGAGGAUGCCCUUAGCCAGAGGGUACCAGCCCGGGGCUCAGGCUUGUGCAGUGGGGCUCCCUCCCUGAUCCGGCUGAGUCUGUCCCGGGGGAGUGCGGCGGUCUAGUGCAGCCUUAGUCCAGAAGAACAAAUGCUGCCUUUGCAGGCCCUGGUGAGGGGGAGUUACACCUGGUAACAGCUGCUGCUGCUCUGUGGGUGUGGGAGGGCGUUCUUGGGCUCCAGAGGGAACAGUUGCCUUUCUCAGCAGCUGUCCAACCCAGAGAUUGCCAAGAGGCUUGGAGGUGACAGCUGGUCCAUCUGACCAGGAGACAGCCACCAGGCUUGUCCUUCGGGCCAGGGCCCUCCGGCUGCUUCAGCACCCAUAGCCAAAGGCGGCCCCAGGAGCUGGAGGGAAGGUGGAGAGGAAGGGGACUAGGGAGAGCCUGGUCUCCCUGGCUCAGCCCCAGGACUAACAGGCAGCCCUACUUCCUAGGCUAGCCUCUCACCCAACCCUCCCGAGGAAGGAACCCGAAGAUGUGUCUGUACUCACUUAGCAUCCAGGAAUCUUAUUUCCCAGGACUGGGAAGGAACCUCAUCUUCCCCAUCCCCCACCACUACCCACCAUUCCCCAGUGGUUUCCCAAACAGUUAGGUAAUGAUGGUCAUGACAUGUUUUAUAAUUACUAAAAAAAAGAUAAUAAUGAUAAAAAUAAUAACUCCCUUUGGCAGGAUGAGCCCGAAGACAAAAAACAAGUGAUUCAUUGGUACAGUGUGGCCCCUUAAAAUUUGCCUCUAAUAAAGAGGAGGUAUGGGGGGGGAAUUUGGGGAUAGGAGGCUCAGUGUGAAAUGGACCUUAAGACCACUGGCCAGGCUCCGUGGCACCAGAGCUCUGAGAAUACACUUGGAAGCUACCCUAUCUUUCCCACCCUAUCUUUCCCCAUAAUCCAAACAUGUAAAGCUAGGGGCCCUAGCUCUGAGAAGGAAAGAAACCUCUUCCUGUUAAAACUACGAGCAAAGCAGCUGCUUAGUCUUUCCUGUCGGUGAUUUCCCCAGACUAUUCUCUGGGCUUGGGGGUGAUGUAAGGAAAAUCAUGUAAAACAAAACAAAACCCACUGGUGCUUUUUAUUUAUUUUUAAAGGGUUUUUUAUAUGUAGCAAUCCCAGGUCCCUUCCCUCCCCGACUAUGUUUACACUUUGUUCCCUGGGGAGGGUGGGAGAAAAGGACCAGCAGCCCUCUGGAAUCUAAGUGAGAAAGCAGGAUCCUUUGUUUUUUUAGCUUCCCAGCUGGGGGAAAGCAUCCACCCCAGCCCAAUGUUUGUUUGGAGCUAGUGGGAGGAGAGACAACAUCAGCCCUAUUGCCUUUUCCUUCCAGUGUCAAUUUAAUUGAGUUUCCCUCUGUCUCGGGAAGCUCUUGGUCCCAGUCCCAUGAAAUAUAUAAGGAUUCAUGGCAUUCUCCCCCUUCCCUAUGAAUCAUCAGCCCAUAUGCCCAUCACCACAUUGUUUAUGACUUUUUCUAACCAUACCAUUAUCUCCUAUGACUCCACCAGGAUAUGAUAAGGAAAACUAUGGGCGUGAAAAAAGGCACCAUUAUCACACAGUCUGUUUUAUCUUAACCAUCUCUGCUAGCAGUUAUUGCCAUGGGGUUGCCACAAGAGGAGAUCGGUCAUCAUAGAGUGAAGGGGAUAAUAGAAUCACCAGAGACCCCGAUGGGGGAACAGAAGCCUCAUGUGCCUGGCUUCUCAAGGGCAGAACGAGCUGUAGAGUAGUCGGUGGAUAGCCUACAGGGCACUCUAUAGUUUUGAGUUCUCCUGCUUCAGACCCAGCUCUUGCGCCCACGGCCGGUGUGUCCCCACCCCUUUGAGCACCUGUGCUUUCACUCCCAUGCUCUUACAGAGGCAUGUCUGACUGGAUGCACAGUCGGGCGUCUGUGGGCUUUGGCUCUUGUCUUCUUGAUUGCAGCAGUACCAGAGCCGGCAUGCUCCACACCAUUGCUUCAGCCCCCGUAAGCAGUGGCUCCCAGCAGUAGUGUGUGCUUGGAAGGGUGGAGGGAGCAGGGAUUAGCCUCCUCCCAUCCCUGACAGUCCGUGAAUAUCCAUGGUGUGCCAUAGCCUGUGCCAACAAAGACCCGGACUCUCCAUCAGCACCUUCCUCAGCCCCACUGAAAAGCCAAGGGAGAAUGGACUGGCCUGUUGUGGAAUUUGACCAAGAGAACCGGACCGGGACACCGUCUGUGCCCUUCCCCUUGCUUCUCUGCACCUGACUUUCUAUUUCCAUCUCACCCUUUCCAUUUGUAGGGUAGGCCCCAUCAUGGUGCUAGCCCCAAGCCAACCAGUAUUGGUCCCCUCUAAGUUACUUCCUGGUGCUCUGGAGCCACCGAAGUUUCCCUUAAUCAUGAAGUUUGAAAAGGAUGGAAGAGGAGCUCAGGCGUGCCUGACAAAAUGAUGGAAUCUCUCUCCCCCUCGUGUUUUGUAUCCAACUAUGUACCAUAUGUAGAAUUAGUUCUCUCUGAUCCCCUGUAUUUCCAUCCCUUCAUAUCAGUAUUGAAACCCCUUUCACUUUUAUGCUUUACCUCAUUCUUGUCACUUUUACACAAUUAAUAAAGUCUACCCAGCUCCUGUUACCUGGACUGGGCAGAAACCAGGACCUAACAA